AUGGUGGACGGAGAUGGGACUGAAAUUAUCGUCCCGGUCGACAUCACAACACCGAAUCCUAAUGGGUUCGAAAUGGAUAAUCUAUAUCUUGAUAUGAACGGUAUUGUGCAUCCAUGCACGCACCCAGAAGGGAAACCAGCGCCGGCAACAGAGCAGGACAUGAUGCUAGAGAUUUUCACGUACACGGAACGCAUUGUUAACAUGAUAAGGCCCCGCAAGCUGCUUUUUAUGGCUAUUGAUGGCGUGGCCCCCCGUGCCAAAAUGAACCAACAGCGCUCAAGAAGAUUCAGGGCGGCACAAGAAGCCAAAGAGAAGGAAGAGCAACGUCUUGAACAAAUUGCAUUGUUCGAAGCGAUGGGAAAGGUCGUCAGUGACGAAACGAAGAAUGCAAAGACAUGGGACUCGAAUGCAAUUACACCUGGCACGCCCUUCAUGGACCUGCUCGCGGAGUCACUGCGUUAUUGGGUGAUCAAGAAACUGAACACUGAUCCCGGUUGGAGUAAUCUAGAAGUCAUUAUCUCCGAUGCGAGUGUUCCUGGAGAAGGGGAACAUAAGAUCAUGGAUUUUAUCCGUCGACAACGUAUAUCGCCCACGCACGACCCAAACACAAAACAUGUUAUAUACGGACUUGACGCUGAUCUAAUCAUGCUGGCGCUUGCGACGCAUGAGCCCCACUUCAGAGUGCUGAGAGAAGACGUAUUUGCUCAAGACAAAAGCACCGCAUGUCGUAACUGCGGCCAGGAAGGUCAUUUCGCAGCUCAAUGUACCGUCGACAAAACAGCCCUCAAGGAGCCGGUGGACAAAAUUGAAAAACCACUUGCUGAUUCCAAGCCAUUCAUUUUCCUGGAUGUCUCCAUCCUUCGAGAGUACCUCGAAAUCGAACUCGAUGUAUCGGCUCCAUUUCAGUUCGAUUUUGAGCGGGCCAUAGACGACUGGGUCCUUCUGAUAUUCUUCGUGGGAAACGACUUCUUACCACACCUUCCAUCCCUGGAGAUUCGAGAAGGAGCCAUCGACAUGCUUGUUGGAAUCUGGAAACGCGAGCUUCAUACCAUGCGUGGAUACCUCACCAACCACGGUACUAUCGAGCUACGACGUGCACAGAUCAUCCUGAAUGCACUGGCACGGCGAGAGGAUGAGAUCUUCAGACGUAGACGCGAAGUUGAAGAACGUCAAGAUCAAGCUGCCAAAAGGCGCAAAAUCGAGCAGGCGUCCAACAUCUCAAUUGGGAUACGGGAACCAGAAAUGCCUAUACCCAGUGGCGCGGAACCUCAGACUGUAUCUUCAGCGGGUCUCACGCCAACACCAGAAUCUACAGAGCCCGCUCGUCAUAUGGAACCCGAUGAGAUACGAAGGGCCAAUUUGAGCGCCUUAAAAGCACUUAAGGGUAUAUUUUCACCUUCUGUGGUAGACAUGGAGGUCGUGCUCGAAAAGGAUUCCUCAAAUGGCCCAGAAGUAUCGAAAUUUGUUGACAUGGACUCGGGGCCGAGAGACCCCAGUACCGACGAGAUGGAUCGUCUAACAGAAGUGUCACCAACUUCAAAGCAAGACCAUACCUCUGUGGGCGAACUGCCAAUUCUUGAAGUACAGCAACCACUCGAUAAAGUUGAUAUGAAAGCGGAGCCCAGGGAAGAACUUGUCGAAGCCACCAGGGGCAUAAAGCGGAAACUAGAAGCGAUGGAAGAGGACGAUGCGAUUGAAACCGCUUCGGAAGAAGAAGCGUCAACAUCCAAGCUCGCGCUCAAAGUCAAUGCGGAUGGCUCAGUUGAGCAAGUGGAUACGGUUCGUUUAUGGGAACCAGGUUAUCGAGAGCGUUACUACCGCCAGAAAUUUAAUGCGGACAUUAACGACGCCGAGUUUAGGAGACGAAUAGUCAAGCACUACGUCGAAGGUCUUGCGUGGGUUUUGCAAUACUAUUAUCAAGGGACGCCAUCAUGGACCUGGUAUUAUCCUUAUCACUUUGCGCCAUUCGCUGCCGACUUCGAGGGCAUCGAGGAUUUGGAUAUCAAAUUUGACAAAGGAGUGCCGUUCCAACCAUUCGAGCAAUUGAUGGGCGUCUUCCCACCCGCAAGUCGACACCAUUUACCCUUGCCCUUGCAAGAUUUGAUGACCAAUCCCGAUUCUCCGAUUAUCGACUUCUACCCAACAACAUUCGAUAUUGACAUGAAUGGUAAACGCAUGGCAUGGCAAGGAGUCGCUCUACUCCCCUUCAUCGAUGAAGCCCGCUUGUUGGAUGCUAUACGACCGCUCUAUCCUCUCCUUACUGCCGACGAACAAAGGCGGAACUCUUGGGGGAAUAAUAAUCUUUUUGUUGGAGAUAAACAUCGGUUGUUUGACUCGAUCGCAUUCCUCUAUGGCCGGCAAAGAAACAGUGAGGGGAAGAUGCUAGAUCCUUCUCUCAGCUACGGACUUAGUGGAUCCAUCAGACCUGAUCCGCAUUACAUCCCUGGUGCAACAUACUCAAGCCCUCUCACGCAUGUAGGUCUAGAUGACAUCCAGGGAAACUCGUCGAUUACGGCACUCUAUCUGUAUCCACCACAGACCAUUCCACACCGUUCUCGUCUUCUCGCGCGGGUGAGCAUUCCGCGGCGGGUACUCUCCUCUGCCGAUUAUGAAUUUGUUCAAAGGAGUGGCAGAGGAAAGAACGACGGGUUCCGUGGAACCGACAGCCAACGCCACACAAUUCAAGCAGGGGCCGAGGAUUUGGCCAAAAUGGGAAUAAUGACUGGCGAGCUAGGAACGCGAGAGGAGAGCCAGACUACUCUUACGGAGCUGGGACCCCGAAUGGAUAUAGAGGGCUUCCACCCCGGGGAGUUGGAAGAGGUAGAGGACAAGGAUGGAGAUAAGAUAUGGCCAUUUGCGUCCUACGUCUUGCGUAAAUACUACGAAGCCACUGGCUGGAACGAAGACAAUCUUUAUUCGAAUCUUACACGCUCCUCCAACGCUAUUCUCGACUUUCAGGUUCCUCGUGGUCUCCACUUUCAUAUCUCCAAGGCACCGAAUGACGUUUUCAACACGACCUACUCCCUCAACGCCCUCCCAAACCUCAACGGAUCACUAGGCUACAUCUUCACCUCAUGCGAACUUCGUCUCGAGCCAUCGGCCACGGUUGCACUCCAAGAGGUCGUACAACGCUUCAAGGUCUACGACCAACCACGCAAGCCAGAGUCAAAACCAGAAAUCUGGUUGGCGGGCGAACGGGCAGAUACUAGAGGUGACAAGUCGGCUCUGCCUUUUAAAGAUUAUAUCUCAACCAAAGCUCUAGACUAUCUUAUGUAUGGAAGGUUGUAUGUCCCCACAGGCAGGCUCGACGCGCUUUAUACCACCCGCCUCGGUUCAACGUGGCAAAUUGUUGCUGCUGCCAUCUCUGAGCGACAAACAGGCAUCCAGAAGACCAGGAAUCGGACUAUAGACCACAGUAAUAUUUUAUUCAAUCUACAAAACGACCGUGGAAAAUGGUGCUCGGAGUAUACAUGGAGUGCUAUCGACGGCUUGUGGGGAGCCCGGAUUCUUUACAACUUUGGCAAAACGAUGAGCAACGAUACGGCUAGACGAGAGGCUAGUAGACAGCGGCGAGUAGAUGAGGGCGAGGCUAUGGAGGGUGGCUUAAAGGGCCGGAUAUCGGCUGGCGCUGAGGUCUACUUCAGUGCAAGGGAAAAGAGUGGAGGAGUGUCUACUGCGUUACGAUUUACGACCAUACCGGAUCCGACGAGCCUCCACGAGACGGGAAACUUCUCACAACCUCCCACGACCAUUACUGCAGUGGUUAAUCCAAUUCUAGGCCACAUCUCUGCAGCCUACGCAACUCGAGUAUCGCCCGAGCUAGCCGUCUGCUCGCGAUUUGACUUUAACGCCUAUAGCUACGAGAGCGAGUGGACAAUGGGAGCAGAGUGGCUUGUAAAGAGGCCGAUGGUAGAUUAUGAUGCCGGUGGAAGCAAAACUUCUGGAGGUGAGCCCCAAGGGAUGCUCAAGGCCCGAAUAUCCACCAACUAUGAUGUAUCCAUGUUCUGGCAGGGUCGACUUAGACAAAUGCUUGUUGGAUUAGGAGUGGUGUCCGACCUUGCCAAUCGAGCGAGGCCCAUUCGGGCUCUGGGUCUCGAAAUUGCGUAUUUUUCCUGA